AUGGAUCGCAUCCGGCAGUUACUUGCUCGUCCGGCGGCUUAUGAGCCGAUAGAGCACCCAGUUGAGGUUGACAACGAGGACCAUGAGUCGAUCUGUUCUCGACGACAAAAUGAAUCUCCUUUCUCCAGAUACGAAUAUGGCGUUUUCUUCCUUCUUGGGGUUUCAAUGCUGUGGGCAUGGAACAUGUUCCUCGCUGCAGCGCCGUAUUUCUAUCUGCGAUUCCAAUCGGACAACUGGGCAGUAACCCACUUCCAACCUUCGAUUCUUACCGUCUCGACCAUCACCAAUCUGGGGUCGUCAUUCAUCCUUGCGAAACUGCAGAAAGGAGCUUCCUACCCAAGACGAGUAACGCUUUCCCUGCUGAUCAACAUGGUUGUUUUCUUGCUGUUGGCAUUUUCGACGGUCAUCUUGACAGAUGUCGGAGUAAGAUCGUACUUCGGCUUUUUGAUGUUGAUGGUAUUCGGCGCCAGCUUAGCAACCGGCGUCAAUCAGAAUGGUGUCUUCGCCUAUGUGUCUAGCUAUGGAAGAGAGGAAUAUACCCAGGCGAUCAUGGCGGGCCAGGGUGUUGCAGGGGUUCUCCCCUGCGUGGUACAGAUCAUCUCUGCCCUGGCGGUGCCGGCGAAACAGGGACAAGACUUGCCGCAGGCAUCGUCGAAAUCCGCGUUCAUGUAUUUUAUUACAGCAACAUUUGUCGCUGCUCUGUCACUGGUUGCGUUCCUUUCUCUUGUCAGGCGGCGGUCGAGUGUGUCCCUCCCGUCGUUGGACGGACAGAGUGACACCAUUCCUUCUGACUAUGCUCACAAGACAGUGAGUCUCUGGACUUUGUUCAAGAAACUUCAAUUCCUCUCACUGGCUCUAUUUCUGUGUUUCGCAGCCACGAUGGUAUUCCCCGUCUUUACGGUCGGAAUUGAGUCUGUACGGCAAGAUCCCAACGGAUCACGAUUAUUCUCUCGAGAAGUCUUCAUUCCGCUGGCUUUUCUCAUAUGGAACGUCGGCGAUUUGAUCGGAAGGGUGUCUGUCAUCGUCCCUAGUCUGUCACUAGCUCAUCAUCCUUGGGCUGUUUUCAUCAUGGCAGUCGCGCGGCUCGGGUUCAUUCCACUGUACCUGCUUUGUAACAUUGGCGGAAGAGGGGCCAUUGUGAAGAGUGAUUUUUUCUAUCUCUUUGUGGUACAGUUGCUCUUCGGUGUCUCCAAUGGGUACCUUGGAAGCAGUUGUAUGAUGGGAGCUGGCCAAUGGGUCUCUGCAGACGAACGAGAGGCCGCUGGUGGGUUCAUGAGCAUGGUCUUGGUGGGUGGCUUGGCUGCAGGGAGUCUCAUGAGCUUCCUCGUUGCCAGUAUAUGA